AUGCCUUCCACCGAGGCCAUCCCCCACAACUCCUUCGACACCAUCCUGGUGCUCGACAAUGGCUCCCAAUAUACCCACCUCAUCACCCGCCGUCUCCGUGAGUUCAAUGUCUACUCCGAGAUGCUGCCCUGUACCCAGAAGCUGGCCGAUCUGGGGUGGAAGCCCAAGGGCAUCAUCCUGUCUGGUGGCCCCUACUCCGUCUACGAGAAGGACGCCCCUCACAUUGACCCCGCCUUCUUCGAGCUUGGCGUCCCAAUUCUCGGAAUCUGCUACGGUCUCCAGGAGAUCGCCCACCGUCUGCACGCCGACAACGUAGUUGCUGGUACCGCUCGGGAGUAUGGUCAUGCCGAUUUGAAGGCCACCCGUUUUGGUGGCCACGUCGACAAGCUUUUUGAUGGCCUCGAGGAUGCCAUGACAGUUUGGAUGUCCCACGGUGACAAGCUGUGCAAUCUGCCCGAGGGCUUCCAUACCAUCGGUACUACUCAGAACUCCGAGUUCGCCGCUAUUGCCCACCAGACUGAGCCUGUCUACGGUAUUCAGUUCCACCCCGAGGUUACCCACACCCCGCAAGGUGGUAAGCUUCUGCAGAACUUUGCUGUCGGAAUCUGUGGUGCCCAGCAAACCUGGACCAUGGCUGAGUUCAUUGGUCAGGAGAUCAAGCGCAUUCGUGAUCUUGUCGGCCCCGAGGGUCAAGUUCUCGGUGCUGUCAGCGGUGGUGUUGACUCUACAGUCGCCGCCAAGCUGAUGACCGAGGCCAUUGGCGAUCGUUUCCAUGCUGUCCUGGUCGACAACGGCUGCAUGCGCCUGAACGAAUGUGCUCUGGUCAAGGAUGUUCUCCAGGAACAGCUUGGCAUCAAUCUCACUGUUGUUGACGCCAGCGAGGAGUUCCUGGCUGGUCUGAAGGGUGUCGAUGACCCCGAGAAGAAGCGCAAGUUCAUCGGUGGCAAGUUCAUCGAUGUCUUCGAGGCCGAGGCUAAGAAGAUUGAGGCCCAGAACGCCGGAAAGGUCGAGUGGUUCUUGCAGGGCACUCUCUACCCUGAUGUCAUUGAGAGCAUCUCAUUCAAAGGACCUUCCCAAACCAUCAAGACCCACCACAACGUCGGUGGUAUUGCUGAGCGCCUUAUGGCCGGUCACGGUCUGAAGCUCAUUGAGCCCCUGCGUGAGCUCUUCAAGGAUGAGGUCCGCGAGCUUGGUCGCCAGAUGAGCAUCUCCCCUGAGCUUGUCGGCCGUCACCCCUUCCCUGGCCCUGGUCUUGCCAUCCGUGUCCUGGGUGAGGUCACCAAGGAGAAGGUCGAGAUGGCCCGCAAGGCCGACAACAUCUUCAUUAGCAUGAUCCGUGAGGCCGGUCUUUAUGAUGAUAUUGGCCAGGCCUACGCCGCCCUUGACCCGUCGCGGGCCGUCGGUGUGAUGGGCGACAAGCGUGUCUACGCCAAUAUCAUCCUCCUCCGUGCCAUCUCCACUCGCGAUUUCAUGACCGCUACUCCUUACCCCUUCAGCUACGAGUUCCUGACCAAGGUCUCGACUCGCAUCGUUAACGAGGUGCAGGGCGUCUGCCGUGUUGCCUACGACUUUACCAGCAAGCCCCCUGGUACCAUUGAGAUGGAGUAA